CCCCCCUUUCAUUUGGAUAUGGUAUAUCCGGUAAUGGCUGCCCCUUUCCAGAGAUAGAUAUUUUGUCAGACAAUAUGAGCGAGCUGAAGGACUGCCCACCACUUAAAUAUUAUGACUUCAAGCCUGUGGAGCAUACCAAGGUGUGUCCGCGAUACACAGCGGUUCUUGGACGUUCAGAAGAUGAUGGAAUUGGCAUAGAAGAACUAGACACACUCCAGUUGGAGCUGGAGACCCUUCUCUCCUCGGCGAGUCGACGUCUUCGAGCAUUGGAAGAACAGAGACAGAUUUUGACAGACUGGCAGGAUAAAAAAGGAGACAAGAGGUUUUUGAAGCUGAAAGAUGCAGACCUCUCUGUUACCAAUAGGCAUUCAAAGCCUAAGAAGCAGAAGCUUGAUGGAAAGGGAAGCCAUGGCCCAGGUCCUGGUCCUGGUCGACCAAAAUCGAAGAACUUGCAGCCCAAAGUGCAAGAGUAUGAGUUCAGUGAAGAUCCACAAGAGAUUCCACGCAAUCCCAAAAAUGAUGCUCCUAACCGGUUUUGGGCCUCAGUGGAGCCAUACUGUGCUGAUAUAACCAAUGAAGAAAUACGGGUUCUGGAAGAACUACUUAAGCCUCCAGAUGAUGAGGCUGAAUAUUACAAGGUCCCUGCCUUGGGUAAGCACUAUUCACAGCGCUGGGCACAGGAGGAUCUCCUGGAGGAGCAAAGGGAAGGAGCCAGAGCCAACGACAAAAAGAAGAGCAUGCAAGGGCCGCUCUCUGAGCUUGAUGCCAAAGAUGUAGAUGCCCUGAUAAAAAAGUCAGAGUCCCAGCAUGACCCUCCUGAGGAUGGCUGUCCCUUUGGUCCUCUCACUCAACGACUACUCCAGGCACUGGUUGAGGAGAACAUCAUAUCCCCGAUGGAGGACUCUCCAAUUCCAGACAUUCCAGGGAAGGAUGAUGGGGCAGGCACCUCGCCACGCAGUCAGGGGAAAGCCUUUAGUGUUCCCCACACCCGCUCUCUUGAAGCUCGAAUCAAGGAUGAGCUCAUCUCCCAGGGGCUUCUAGACUCAGAGGAACGGCAGGGAGUCGGUGGGGACGCAGAAGAUGAGGUGCUCGCUGAGCUGCACAAGAGACAAGCAGAACUCAAGGCCCUGAGUGGCCAUAACCGCUCCCGCAAGCAGGAGCUCCUGAGGUUGGCUCGGGAGGAGAUGCGCAAACAGGAGCUAAGACAGCGGGUCCGAGUGGCUGAUAAUGAAGUCAUGGAAGGAUUCCGUCGGAUCAUGGCCGCCAGGCAGAAGAAACGCACACCUACGAAGAAAGAAAAGGACCAGGCCUGGAAAGCCCUGAAGGAGAGAGAGAGCAUACUCAAACUGCUUGAUGGCUAGAGUUGCAUCUCAGUGGCUUGACAUUAGUGUUGUACUAAUGAAUCAGCCCAUCAACUCCUGAAACUACACUACUGUGACUGAUCAUAUCAUGCCUCUGCCACCUUUGGGUGCCAAUCAUUGUUACCACAUUUUGCCUUUUUAUACAGCCCGCAGUACCAAGUUAAUACCAGCAACAUGAUGUUUGAAUGAUUUUCUGGUGGUUCAUACGCGAAAUCUGAAAGUGCAUGUGUAAGUCAAAUUUGACGUGUCUGAAUGCAUUUGACUUGACAGCAGAACAUAAGUAUUAAACAGGUCGUUCUGGCAGGGAAUUAUACAUUUGUUUAAUUUGUGGUACUCCAUUGUGUUAAUUGUUGCUUCCUUAUGAGACUGAAGAAGUGAUGUAGUUUUAUGUCAUAGAUAUUAUUUGGCUAAAUGACUUAUAGCCUAGUUUUUUAUGUCAUGGUUUGUGUAUUGUAUGGAAAACAUAUGGGAAUUUGAAUACAUAAAUACGUAAAAGAAUUAAAGAAAAAACAUUCCAAGAC